UAGGCCUCUAAUAAAGUGAGCCCAACGGAACUAACAGAUCUGGAUUUAUGGUCUUGAGAAUGAGUCGGACCCAGUUUAACGACGGACAGAGCCACUUCCGUCUAACAUAUCAACACCGGAGUAACGUGUUGUCAUCAACCACGCUUGGAACUGUUGAAAUGCCGAAAGCACAGAAGAAGGGCAAGGCUCCUGAAAAAGUUGUCCAUCCGUUCAGUAGGAAAGCUGCAUAUCUUGCAAGAGAAGAGAUACGCCUGGAUAAAAAAGAGAGACAAAAACACGAGAAAGCAGGGCGGCUGAACAAUAUUGGGGAAAAACUGUUAUGGUUCCAGGGACAGUUGGAGGCUGACAAGGCGACGUUCUCAAAAACAGAUGCUUGUGACAUUAUUGAAAGGUACCUGCACAGAUUUGACUCUGAGCUGGAACAGAUAGAGCUGGUGAAUGGAAUAAAGGGUCGCCAGGGUCGACUCCAUGGAGCCAGAGAAACAACCAUCAAACAGACAGUAGAGCGUGAGCGGGCAAUGUACGAGAGCAAUGGAUUCGAGAUCCCAGAUAUCAUCAAUGCAAAGAAUUUGAAGACAUUCAGAGCGUGGACCGGGGACCUGAAAAAGCUUCCUAACAUCAAGCUGCGACAGGUUUGUAGUAAAGACAAAUUGAAGGAAGAUGAGAAGGCUGAAGAUGGAGAGGAAGACGACACACAUUGCCAGGAGGAUGAGGACGCUGCUACUAUGUCAGACUCAGACUGAGCUCUGUGGCAAAAACAGGACAAGCAGCCCUUUGAAACUGCCUUUUUACUGUGGUAUCGUAAUGCACCAAGUGGUGUACUAGUCGGUUUUUAAGGACUUCGGGUCGACACUAUUCUGCCACCUUUCCAAUGUUCUCCAGCAGAUGGCGCCCAAGAAUCAUCCCAACAUGUGAGCAGAUAGAGCCGUCUCCCUUUCGGCCAUUUCACUUAUUAACUUCACUCAGCCAUAAAACAGAAUCUAUUAUUGUUUAUUGCAGAUGUUUGCAUAAAUAAUAUUUUCAUACCCAAUUAGAAAUAGAAAAUACAUUUUGUUGACACAGAAAGUGGAUCUGUCAUUAUUAAUGAUCGAGUUCCAUUUUUUUCACAAUGAACGCAAUACAUAAGUUGCCUAAAUAAGUUGCAUCAAUUA